GGAGAGGGUGCGGCUGCUGAGAGCCGAGCACUGCAAUCCAGAUCCUCUGAGUCGUGAAGAAGGGAGACAACGAGGGGGUUGGGGUUGGGGCCUGAGGCAAGGCUCCACUCUUGCCAGAGGGACUGGAGCCAUGGCUCAGAAAAUGGACUGUGGUGCAGGCCUCCUCGGCUUCCAGACUGAAGCCUCUGUGGAAGACAGCGCCUUGCUUAUGCAGACCCUUAUGGAGGCGAUCCAGAUCUCGGAGGCUCCACCUACCAACCAGGCCACAGCAGCUGUCAGCGGGCUGAAUGCAAGCCCCCAGAGUUCACAACCUCCGACUGCCAAAGAGAUGGCUGACAUUCAGUCUCCCAAUGCCAGUGAGAUGACCACCUCCCGAUCUCAGACAGUCUUCAAGGAUUGGAAUGAUACCACCAAGGACCCAACAGCUGAUACCCAGACCCAGAAUGUUAACCAGGCCAAGAUGGCUACUUCCCAAGCUUCAAUAGAGACCGACCCAGGUAUCUCUGAACCUGAGGGUGCAGCUGCACAGGCAUCAGCAGAUGGUUCCCAGGCUCAGAAUCUGGAGUCCCGGACUAUAAUUCGGGGCAAGAGGACCCGCAAGAUUAAUAACUUGAAUGUGGAAGAAAACAGCAAUGGGGAUCAGAGGCGGGCCCCACUGACUUCAGGUACCUGGAGGUCUGCACCAGUUCCAGUGACCACUCAGAACCCACCUGGUGCACCGCCCAGCAUGCUCUGGCAGACCCCAUUGGCUUGGCAGAACCCAUCAGGCUGGCAGAACCAGACGGCCAGGCAGACCCCACCGGCACGUCAGAGCCCACCAGCUAGGCAGACUCCACCAACCUGGCAGAACCCAGUUGCUUGGCAGAACCCAGUGAUCUGGCCGAACCCAGUGAUCUGGCAGAACCCGGUGAUCUGGCCUAACCCCAUUGUUUGGCCUGGCCCAGUUGUCUGGCCAAACCCACUGGCCUGGCAGAAUCCACCUGGAUGGCAGACCUCACCUGGAUGGCAAACCCCACCAGGCUGGCAGGGAUCUCCAGACUGGCAAGGCCCUCCAGACUGGCCACUGCCGCCCGACUGGCCACUGCCGCCUGAUUGGCCACUUCCCACUGACUGGCCACUCCCACAUGACUGGAUCCCUACUGACUGGCCAGUUCCACCUGACUGGCAAAAUCUUCGACCUUCGCCAAACCUGCGCCCCUCCCCCAUCUCACGUGCCUCACAGAACCCGGGUGCCUCGCAGCCCCGAGAUGUGGCCCUUCUUCAGGAAAGAGCAAAUAAGUUGGUUAAGUACCUUAUGCUUAAAGACUACACAAAGGUGCCCAUCAAGCGUUCAGAAAUGCUGAGGGAUAUCAUCCGUGAAUACACUGAUGUUUAUCCAGAAAUCAUUGAACGUGCGUGCUUUGUCUUGGAGAAGAAAUUUGGGAUCCAGCUGAAGGAAAUUGACAAGGAAGAACACCUGUAUAUUCUUAUCAGUACCCCGGAGUCCCUGGCUGGCAUACUGGGAACGACCAAAGACACACCCAAGCUGGGUCUCCUCUUGGUAAUUCUGGGUGUUAUCUUCAUGAAUGGCAACCGUGCCAGCGAGGCUGUCCUCUGGGAGGCACUACGCAAAAUGGGACUGCGUCCUGGGGUCAGACAUCCCCUCCUUGGAGAUCUCAGGAAGCUUCUCACUUAUGAAUUUGUAAAGCAGAAGUACCUGGACUACAGACGAGUGCCCGACAGCAAUCCCCCUGAGUAUGAGUUCCUCUGGGGUCUUCGUUCCUACCAUGAAACUAGCAAGAUGAAAGUGCUGAGAUUCAUUGCAGAGGUUCAAAAGAGAGACCCUCGCGACUGGACUGCACAGUUCAUGGAGGCCGCAGAUGAAGCCUUGGAUGCUCUGGAUGCUGCUGCGGCUGAGGCUGAAACCCGGGCUGAGGCGAGAACCCGCAUGGGGAUUGGAGAUGAAGCCGUGUCUGGGCCCUGGAGCUGGGAUGAUAUUGAGUUUGAGCUGCUGACCUGGGAUGAGGAAGGAGAUUUUGGAGAUCCCUGGUCCAGAAUUCCAUUUACUUUCUGGGCCAGAUACCACCAGAAUGCCCGCUCCAGAUUUCCCCAAACCUUCGCCGGCCCCAUUAUUGGCCCUGGUGGUGCAGCCAGUGCCAACUUCGCUGCCAACUUUGGUGCCAUUGGUUUCUUCUGGGUUGAGUGAGAUGUUAGGUAGGUACAUCACUUUGGAUUGGGCAGUUAGUGUCCUUGGGGGAUGUAUUUAUGUGCAUGAGCUGGGAGUCAUACAAAACCCAUGGUGGGGAAAUGAGGGAAGUAGAGGGAAGCACUAUUUGGUAUUUAUAUUCCUUACUAUUUGACAGGUAUUAUUGAUCUUUUUACUUUUUCUUAUGUUCACAGAUAUUGCUAAUCAGUUGCAAUAGUCUUUCCCCUGAGUGAGGCUGAAGCCUCAGAUUCCUUCUAAACACAGCUAUCUAGAGAGCCACACCCUGUUGACUGAAAGUGGCAUGCAAGAGAAAAUAUUUGCUGUUCCUUGUCUAUUGCUUUUUUUUUCCUGUGUGCUGUCAAGUUUUCGUAUCAGCAAUAAACAUUGAAAUUGCAAAGUGGGUUAGAUGUGCUCCCUUUUAUUCUAUGUUCAGGGAGAGGGCAACUUGCUUAACUGGGAGAGACAGGACAGGGCCUUGGUCUAGCCUAAAGGCAAGAUCAGCUUCCAACCAGCGGAAAUGUUAAUGGAUUGAGAAACAAAGGAGGGGUCAAAGAACAUAUGUGUCAGUGAGGUAAAAGAACUAGUAUAAUUUAUUCAAUAAAUAUCACUCAAAUACCUAAUAUGUAAUAGAUAUGCUGCUAGGUGCUCUGGAGUGACAUUGAGAGAGGUAGAAUAAUUGAGAGGUAGACAUUGAGAGGGAGGGUGUAGGUGGUCAGAAAAUUGUAUUUAACAAGACAAAAGGUAGAAAUCCAGGUGACAACACGGACCAUGUUGG